CCAGAGCCAAACUACGAGGCCGACCGCGUCGCCGUCGAAGAUGGCGGCCAAUCGGAGGAGGCGCUGCACGCGCGGGGGCUUGGCCCCGACGACAUUGCUUGGCCAGCCGAUAUUGGCGCCGAGGAGGACGGCGCCAUCGUGCAGGCCGCUG